AUGGCCGCUAAGCUCUUCCUCGCUGCCGCUCUCGCGGCGACUGCCCUGGCUGCCCCUGUCGUCGAGGAGCGCCAGAACUGCGCUACCCUCUGGGGCCAGUGUGGCGGUAAUGGAUGGAACGGCGCAACUUGCUGCGCUUCCGGGUCGACUUGCACCAAGCAGAACGACUGGUACUCCCAGUGCCUCCCGGGUGGCGCGGUGACGACUCCUGGUACUACCACCAAGCCGACUAGCACCAGCACCAGCACCAGCACCAGCAGCCGCAGCACCAGCACCUCCCAGGGCGGUGGCGUUUCUUCUUCCACCAGCAGCCCUCCGGUGGUUACCAACCCCCCCACUAGCAUCCCCGGCGGUGCCUCGUCGACGGCGAGCUACACUGGCAACCCCUUCUCGGGUGUUCAGAUGUGGGCCAACGACUACUACAGGUCCGAGGUCCACACCCUCGCCAUGCCUAGCCUGACCGGCGCCAUGGCCACCAAGGCUGCCAAGGUUGCCGAGGUCCCCAGCUACCAGUGGAUGGAUCGCAACGUCACUGUCGACACUUUGUUCUCUGGAACCCUGGCGCAGAUUCGUGCUGCCAACCAGGCCGGUGCCAGCCCGCCGUAUGCUGGUAUCUUCGUGGUCUACGAUCUCCCGGAUCGUGACUGCGCCGCUGCCGCCUCCAACGGCGAGUGGUCGAUCGCCAACGGCGGUGCCGCCAACUACAAGGCCUACAUCAAGCGGAUCCGUGAGCUGAUCAUCCAGUACUCGGACAUCCGCAUGCUCCUGGUCAUCGAGCCCGAUUCGCUUGCCAACAUGGUCACCAACAUGGGCGUUGCCAAGUGCGCCGGCGCUGCCUCGACCUACAAGGAGCUGACCAUCCACGCUCUCAAGGAGCUGAACCUGCCCAACGUCGCCAUGUACCUUGACGCCGGCCACGCCGGCUGGCUCGGUUGGCCCGCCAACAUCCAGCCCGCUGCUGACCUGUUCGCCACUCUCUACAAGGACGCUGGCAGGCCCGCUGCCGUCCGUGGUCUGGCCACCAACGUUGCCAACUACAACGCCUGGAGUGUCUCCUCGGCCCCGGCCUACACCUCGCCCAACCCCAACUACGAUGAGAAGCACUACGUCGAGGCCUUCAGCCCGCUCCUCACCGCCGCCGGCUUCCCCGCUCACUUCAUCACCGAUACUGGCCGCAGCGGCAAGCAGCCCACUGGCCAACUCGAGUGGGGCCACUGGUGCAACGCCGUCGGCACUGGCUUCGGCCAGCGCCCCUCGGCCAACACCGGCCACGACCUGCUCGACGCUUUCGUCUGGAUCAAGCCCGGCGGUGAGUGCGACGGCACCAGCGACACCACCGCUGCCCGCUACGACCACAACUGCGGUCUGGCCGAUGCCCUCAAGCCCGCCCCCGAGGCCGGCCAGUGGUUCCAGGCCUACUUCGAGCAGCUGCUCACCAACGCCAACCCUCCCUUCUAA